UAUUUUAGCACGAACUAUAUCCAUAUAAUCAACUUUGAUUAUUAAUUUGAUUGUCAAUUCAAACGGUUAACACCGUUGACCGUUAGUCAACGUUCUAGCUCGUUGUCAUGUCAGCACCAAACAAAAAAAAUUCAAAAUAUUUUAUUAUUUCAUUUAUCACAUUAAUAUGAUAAAAAAUGAUGUUAAAAAUUAAAUCCAACAAAUUAAUUUUGGCCACCCAUGGCCAGCUUAUCCCCUCGCCUCUUUCUAAAUCGAGCAAACCAAAAUUGAACCCUAAUCUAGAGAAGAGCAAAUUGAACCCUAAUUUCGGCCACCCAUCCACAGCAUUACAAAAUCUACCAUUGCCUUCUUCUUCUUCUGCGAGGAAAACUAUCAUAAUCAAACUCGUUUCACCAAACUGGAAAGCUCUGCUCAAGUUCAUCCCACGGCGGGCCUUCGCCGGCAGCCGAGAAAACAUUCAUAGCCAGCUCGGGUUUCUUUAUUCCGACGAGUCUAGAGUGAGAAAAUCAAUCGAAGAGUGUUAGAGAGAGUUUUGGAGAAUGCUAAUUCACUAACGGUCAAUUAUGUUGACCGUCUAAUUUGACGAAAAUUCACGAGUUGAGCCAAUUAAGUGUAUAUGGUAUAUAGUUGAGGCCAAGAUAGCAAUUUAUAAAAUCACUGGGCAAAGUUAAUUAUGUGGAUAUAGUUCGGAUCAAAAUAAGAUAUUAAUCCUAAAAUAAAUGUUGUAACAAUUGAUAAUAAAAAAUAAAGAAAAAAAACAAAUUAGUUUCAUUAAUACAAUAUGUAUUAGCUAGUCCACAAAUAAAAGAGAUCAAUUUUACUAUACCAAGGAGAAUUCAUAAUACAAAGUAACAAAUGUUAUUUUCAUCUUCCCAUAAAAAAAUGUUAUUUUCAUCCAAAAUUGAAGGGAGCAAUUGCUACCAUGACUUUUCCUCAAAAUAAUCAUUCUCUUGUACGAUAAAACUUAUAUUUUCGCCCUUUUUAUUCAACGAAAAAAAAACUUAUAAAUAAAUAAGAAAAAAUUAUGAAUUCUUCUUCAAAUUUCCCUCAAUUUUUCCCCACCCUGAAAUUUCCCUUAUUAUGAUGAGAGAGUAAACAAAAAGAAUCAAUACAAUUAAUCUAACCCGUGACUACCGAGGCAACAACAAUUAUCUUAUCAUCCAAAAGCAAGUGACAUACGCUCUCCAAUACGUGGGACCCACCACCGUAGCCAUGGCCAUGUUUUCUUCCCCAGCUCUUGCCGUGACCGUCCCUCUAAUUAGCUAUAUAUAUAUAUAUAUAUAUAUAUACGGACGCCAACGCAGCCACAGAACAAAUACACUAAACACAUAAAAAUGUACCGUAGCAAGGGCAAGGUUCCCUUCGCAUGGGAAAACAAGCCCGGGAUCCCCAAACGUGCGGCCGGCGCCUCCGCCGUGGAAGUAGAUCAAGCAGAAGACGACUACCCAAGCGAGUCCGGCGAGUUCGUGGUCCUGCAGGGAGCACUCGCCGCAGCAUUCCCGCCUUCUUAUCCUCCGUCGGCACGCGGCCGGCCGUUGACUCGCCACGUCGCCAUCCCACCGCCUCCUCCUCCCGCCCACCGCCAUCGCCUGCGUGUCUACGUGGACGCCGACCCUUUUGCGGCGGCGCUGGAGGAGUGCAAGAGGCCGAGGAGCAAGAAGAUGACCAAACCGUCGUCAUUCUCGUCGUCCUCCUCAUCAUCAUCCACGUCAGCAUCAGGCGGCGAGAGGGGCGAGGUGCUGGUGAGUGUUGGAGCGAGGUGGAGAAAGUUGAUUGCGCUGUCUGGUUUCUCUUGUAGGCACUCGGCGGUUCUCGAUGUUUAUGAUUGUAAUUAAGUUUCGUCACUACAACGGAAAAGAGUUUUUUUUUUCUCGCCAUCAAAACAGUAUUAGUCGAUCGUUGAAAACGAAAAUAGGGUCACGGUUGUCGUGUCGCAAUAAUUGUAUGGUGGUGAUGUUAGGAGAAUAUUGAACGGUGGCCUACAGCGGCGCGUGGCCACUUGGGGCACCAAUGUCCACGCGCUUCCAUGUUAUACCACCGAUAUAUAUACCGCUAUCGCUAUGGCUAAAUUACACGGUUGGUCACUUAAGUUACAUAAAUCUUUCACAUUUGUCCAUUGAAUUACUUUUUUUAUAUUGGUCACUAAAAUUACUCCGUCAGUUUUAUGUGGCAAACGAAACUGCUAACUGGACUAUUAGCUUAAUCACAUGUCAAUUUAAAAAAAUAAAAUAAUUUACACAGGCGGGCCGCAACCGCAACACCCUCUUCUUCUUCGCCCUUUCCUUCACUGUGAGCUUCCGAAGAAGAAUCCCUAACCUAGAAAAGUUCACUAUGCUGCUAGAAAAUCAAAUGAAGCAAUACUUGGUCUUGCACCGUAGUGCUCACAGAUUGUAACAAAAUAAAAAUAAAAAAUCUCAGACCACAUGUUUGCGAUUCAGACGAUGUUGAGGAGAGAACAACAUCUCCCUUUUCGCAAGACGAAAGGCGGAGGUGGACGGAGAAGAAGAAGACAUGGGCGGUUGUUGUGGCUUUCUUCGCAAGACGCCGAAGGAGCUUGGGGGAAGGAACAUAAGAAGACUGUGGCGGCUACGGUUUUCUUCAAGAGACAGGAGACAGAUCUGGAUAAAGGGAGAAGAAAAUACGGCGACAGUGGAGGCUGUGACUUUUUUCGUGAGAUGGUUGGAGGAUCUAGAGGAAUGGAGAAGAAGUGUGUGGCUGGAGGGAGGGGAUUGGUCACCUCUCAAUUUCCAAAUCCAAAUGAAUCUAGUUGUGGACAACGAUCUCGAAUGCCACUGUUGUUAUCGAUGGCGGCAAAUCUAGAAGAAGGAACUCUUACCAGUCGUGAUUACUGGUAUUGUCGAUGGAGGGAAGAGAUUGAACUGUUGGUCGCUACCUUUGUGGCUCGACUCUAACUAAACAUGUCAAUUAACGACCAAGCAUAACCAAUGAUUGGGUGUAGCAUAGGGUAAGCAAGCAAGAAAAAUAUCAAAACACGGUCUCCUAUGUGUACCAUACUCGGGUUAGGUUUCGUUAUCUAGUCAACCUAGAAUAGUGAUUAGGAAAACUAGACUAACUAACCUAGCUAACCACUAACCUAACCAAUUACAACUUGUGGAUUUUUAUUAUCUUGAAUCCACCUAGUUAAUUUGAAUCAAUGUUGAGUACUAUCCUCGCUUGAUCGACUCAAUACCCUACCGUUAUGAGGUCGACUCACUUGGGAUUGGCCCGAAACGACGAAGUGAUGGAUGGGUGGUUCUCUAUUCAACAUAGGGAUUCAUAUAUCGUCAGGAGGUCUAUCGAAUUAAAUCUCUUGUGGAUUACUCGGACAACAUAUGAUAGGAGUGACCCGAAGACGUCGAUAAUGGGCUCUAAGAGGAUUAUCUCCCUCCUAGGUCAAAAGCUCAAUUGACAUGAAGUCGAAUCCAAAAUCAUCAACUUAGAAUAUGUCACAUACAUAAAUUUCAAACCAAAAUCUAGAUCUAGGAUUCAUUAAUCUAAGAGAAAGAGGUCUAGUUCAUAGAGAGAGAAGAGAACUUACAAAAACAGCUCAAAAUCAUCAUCUUCUAGGCUUGAAUCCUUGACUCCAAAAUAAACUAAAGCAUCCAAUUAAACUCCAAGAUCACUCAAGGUCACUCUCUCUCUUUCUCUAAUUUUUUUUGUGUUUUGUGUCGAAACCCUAGAGAGAGAACCAAGUUAUUCUCCAAAAACCAGCUCUUCUCUCUCUACCAGCUGGUGUCUUUUUAUAUACCCGAUAGUGUCGACUUCACGGUGGUGAUAAUAGCAAGAAGACGACGAUCUCCUUAAAAAAUGCACCAUUUUGGG